UGCUCCAAACCUUCACAAAUCACCUUCACAUUAUCACAUACAUGUAUGGAGUAAUCGUUUAUGCUUGAUUCCUUCCUCGCUAUAAUUAAUUGUGAUGGGCAGCAAUCGCAUCAAUUCGUCGCGAGAUGAUCAUGAUCAGCUACACCGCGAAGACAGUUUCUCCUUCAACUGCUUCGAUUUCAACUCCGCUCCGUCUGUUUUCUCCGAGGAUGACGAUUAUGCAAGUGCCGUUGAUGAUGAUGAAUCAUACAUCGAAAUAGCGCUGGAUAAUGAUGAUGAUGAUGGAGAUGACUCUGGGGAAUUCGAAUUACGUAUUUCACUCUCGACGUCUGACACCAAAAUCCAACAGAAUUACCCUACUGCCUUUGAGGCUGACAGGACGACCCCAUCGUCGUCGUCGUCAACCGUCUCUUUCAGCUGUUCUUCUUCAACAGCCUGUAGUUUGGCCGGAGCGCCAUCGGAGAUUGGCGAGGAAAAAUUCAUAGACAUCAAUCAGUGGGAGCUUGUAAGGAGCAGGAAAACAUCAAAGAGCACAAAUACAAUGGCAAUGAAUAGUGGUAUCACGAGGUGGUUCAUUGUAAAGUUUCAAGCCAUAAAAGUCCGAAACUUGCUAGCAUCAUUUGCGAAACCCCUUCAAGUUAUUUCUUCUCAGGGAAACAGUAGUGGUCGUACUACUGAUCAACACAAGAAGAAAAGAUCUAAAGAGAUUAUUCAAUAUUCUCAGAGACUGAUUAAGCCUUUCGACAAAUGGAUAGAUCAGAGGAGCAAUCAGGGAAACAGAGACAUCAAAAAUUCUUUGAGAGGUGGUGGUGAGAGAUAUUCCAGAGUGCUGGAGAUAAAUUUGGAUCCUAUAAGAGGUGUUCUAGAAGCUGUGAGCAUAAGCAUGGGAAUUGGUCGCAAAUAUAGACAGACGAGAAGCUGCCCAACUUCUAUCGAGUCCUCCCCAGUUCACAGAGGUACUUUCCCAAGCGGGAGCAAACUUCACACAGGAGAAAACUCCAUCGAGGCCGCCAUUGCCCACUGUAAAACAUCAUUUGCCCAAAAGUCCCAUUUUUGUCUUUGAACUUGUCCUGCGCUUUGGUUUGAGAGCUGAUGUCUGUAGAUUGUAGGGAGUUUUGCCCGUGUUUUGUAUUCAUCAAGUCUCUCUCGACUCUCUUGAAUAUCUAUAUAUUACGAUUAUUACCA